AUGACAGAAGCACUGCAAUCAGUUUUGACGAAAAAACAACAAGGUGAGUACUAUUCCCUUGAGACAUUAAUGGAUCGAGGUCACUGGGAGGCAUUCAUAGCUUUUGCUUUUGUCGCAUACGUUGGCCCAGUCAUCAUCGCAAUGGGAACUAUCUUUAACAUCGCAACCGUCACGGUUGUCUCCAGUGGAAGAAUCGGGCACGUUUCUACACGUAUCUUGCUGAUAGUCCUAUCCCUGAGUGACUUGUUAGUACUUUACGUAGGAUGUCUUGAUCAGGUGCUCUCCCAGGCCUACGACAUCAGAUUACGGAGAAUCUCAGAUGCUAUGUGCAAAGUCAGUAUUUUUCUGAUGGAGUUCACACUGAUGGUCUCAUCAUGGAGCGUCCUCCUACUAACACUUGAGCGCUGCAUUUGUGUCACAUUCCCGUUAAAGGCACAGUUCAUCUGUUCAAAGAGGCGCACAUACUUUGUCGUGGUGGGGGUGUUUAUUUUACUCUUUGCUCUUAACAGUCACUGCCUCAUCUUCAUGAAAGUUGGCAUCUACCCUGGUGAAGGAGUCUGGUGUGAUGCAGGCAGAGCUGAUGCGCCUUAUUUUACAUUUUAUUACACAGCAUGGGGCAUUAUACGUGUCGUCAUGUAUGCAGCUAUACCUUUCAUUGUCAUAACAAUAUGCAAUGUCUUCAUAAUGUUUAAGCUAUUAAGAAACAUGAGACGGAGAAUGAAGAUGCAGAAUACCCAAGCUCAAAAAGAUCUUACAGGGAUAACAUUCAUGCUGGUUGUGGUCAGUGUCGUGUUUGUCAUUCUUGCACUGCCCAACCAAGUUUUCUAUGCAAUUGAACCAAUUUUCUUUCCAGAUCUGAGUGAAUCAGAGCAACAAGCCGCAUUAGGUUUUCUUCUCGGCCAAUCCUCUAGAACUAUGACUUAUAGCAACCAUGCUAUCAACUUCAUCCUCUAUUGCAUAAGUGGGUCACAAUUUCGUGCCGUUUUCUUUGAUCAAAUGAAGCAGUUACGAUUGAAGCUGUUCUAUCAUGGUAAUUGA